CUCGCGUGGCUCGGGCUGGACUACGCGGAUCUGUAUCUCGCGCACGAGGGCGACCUGGGCAACACGGGCAUGGAGCCCGCCAGAAUCUGCGCGUAUCCCACGACGGCGGCCUGUCGCUUGGUCGUGUGGCGGAGCUGCCUGGGCUGGAUGGCGAAGAAUCGGACGCGCGCGUGCGGCGUGGCCAACUGGGAGCUCGCGUGGCUAGAGGAGCUCGUCGACGCGAACGUGACGCUGCCGGCGGUUUUACAGACGAAGUUCCACCUCCACCAGUCGCUCGCGUCGCCGCGCAUCCGGGCGCUCAAGGACUUUUGCGACGCGCGCGACAUCCUGUUCACGGGCUACUCGCCGCUCGGUCGCGCGGACUGGACGCGCUUCAACGCGAGCGUGGGGACGCCGACGCUGCUCGAGGAGCCCCUGGUCCGAUCCAUCGCCGCGCGUCUCGGCCGGUCGCCCGCGGAGGUGCUCCUGCGGUGGCACGCGAAGCUCGGCGUCGCGACGCAGCCGCGAAGCACGGACCCGGCCCACAUGGCGGAGAACCUCGCCGUCUUCGGUGCCUGGGCCGCCGCCGAUUUGACGGAUGACGACGUCGCGGCGCUCUCGGCCCUGCCCCAGUGCUCCGAAAUCCGCGGCGACCCCUUCGUCGAGGGCGAUCCCGAGGACAAAGACCACGAGUACCGGAACAUGAUCGGGCCGACUAGGACGUGUUAG